CGCCCCCGCGCCGCAGCGCGCCUGCGCGGCGCCCUACCUGGCCCGCGGCGGCCUCUGCGGCGUCUGCGGCGGCUGCGGCGGCUGCGGGAGCACCGCGGGGAGCACCGCGAGCACCGCGGGGAGCACCGGGGAGCCUUGAGGAGCGCGGAGGAGCCCUAAGGCGCACCGGGGAGCGCCGAGGAGCGCAGGGGAGCACCGGGGAGCACCCGGGAGCACUCCGCCAUGGUGGAGGCGGCGCCCGGAGGCUCCCGGCGGCCCCGGGGGACGUUCCUGGUGCCCGAGAUCAGGUCCCUGGACCAAUACGACUUCGCCAGGGCCAAGGCGGCCGCCAGCCUCGCCUGGGUGCUGCGGGCGGCGUUCGGCGGCGUCGAUCACGUGCCCGCCGAGCUCCGCGAGCCCUUCUACACCGACCAGUACGCGCAGGAGCACGUGAAGCCGCCCGUGACGCGCCUCCUGCUGUCGGCCGAGCUCUACUGCCGCGCCUGGGCCCGCGCCGUGCCCGCGCCCGGGCCCCCGCCCGGCCCCGCCGCGCUGCUCGCCCUGCUGGCCCGCAGGGGCGCCGCGCCCGCCCUGCCGGGGCGCCCGGUGGGCGAGGACGACCUGCGGCGGCAGCCCGUGCUCAUGGGCGCCCACCUCGCGGUCAUCGACGCCCUCAUGGUCGCCUUCUCCUUGGACUGGACCAAGACGCUGCCGGGGCCCCUGGCGCUCAGCAGCCUCGAGCAGAAGCUGCUCUUCUGGGUGGACACGACAGUCCGGCGGCUGCAGGAGAAGACGGAGCAGGAAGCGGCCCAGCGGGCGUCACCCAAGGCCCCCGGGGACGGACCUGCGCAGCCCUCGUGCCCCACGCGCUGGUACUGGAAGCUGGUUCCUCACGCAAUUGCGUUCUGUUUGAAGGAGUCGGGGAGCAAGCCCCCCAUGAUCCGCUACCGGAAGGACCGGGCGCUUGCGCGGCGGGCGCCCUGCUUCCCCUCGGUGACGACCCUGCAGGACCUGGCGAGCGGCGCCGCCCUGGCGGCCACCAUCCACUGCUACUGCCCGCAGCUGCUCAGGCUGGAGGACGUGUGCCUGAAGGAGCCCAUGUCGGUCGCGGAUUCGCUCUACAACCUGCAGCUGGUGCAGGACUUCUGCGCCGCGCGGCUGCCCCGCGGCUGCCCGCUGGCCCUGGAGGACCUGCUCUACGUGCCCGCGCCGCUGCGGGUGAACCUCCUGGUGCUCCUGGCCGAGCUGUACCUGAGCUUCGAGGUCCUGAGGCCCGAGUUCGUGCAGGGCAAGGGGCUGCCCGACGGCCGCGCCGUGUCCCCCAGGAAUGUGGAGAACGUCCCGUCUGAGAACACCAGCGGCAGCAGCUCCCCCGUGUUCAGCUUCCGGCACCCGCUGCUGUCCCCCGGGGGACCCUGCUCCCCGCUGCGGGGCUCCACAGGCUCCCUCAAGUCCUCCUCGUCCACGUCGCACGUGGAGGCGCUGGGCAGAGCCUGGAACCGGCAGCUGAGGUGACCGCCCCUCCCCCACGCCGCCUCCUUCAGCACCCCCUUCGGCCUGGACAGCGACGUGGACGUGGUGAUGGGCGACCCCGUGGCCGCGGGGGGCGGGGCCCCGCUGGAGCGCUCGGCCAGCUCCGACAGCCUGGCGCCGCGGUGCUCCCGCCCGCCGCGGUGCUCCCCGCCCACCCUCGAGGAGGCCCUGAACAUCAUCCAGAGCGCCGAGCCCCGGCUCCUCCCCGACGGCGCCGCCGACGCCGGCGGCUUCUACCUCCACUCGCCCGAGGGGCGGCCCGGGCCGUCCUCCCCUCCCUCCUCCGCCCCCUCCCCCGCCCGGGCGCCGCCCGACGUGCGGAUGACGAGCUUCGCCGAGCGCAAGAGGCAGCAGCGGGCCGCGGCGGGGGCCCCGCCCGCCCCGCGCUCCCCGUGCUCCCCGUGCUCCCCGCCGGACGCGGCGGCCGAGCUCGGCGCCCGCCUGGAGGAGAAGCGUCGCGCGAUCGAGGCCCAGAAGCGCCGCAUCGAGGCCGUGUUCGAGCGCCACCGCCAGCGCCUGGGCCGCAGCGCCUUCCUGCGGCUGCAGCGCGGGGAGGACGGAGAGCGGGGGGAGGACGGAGAGGACGGGGAGCAGGAGGAGGAGGAGGAGCGGGAGGAGCGCGAGCGCCCCGCCGGCGAGGGCCAGGCGCGGCCCAAGAGCGUCACCUUCGCGCCCGACCACGGGGAGGAGGGGGAGGAGGGGGAGGAGGACUACGAGCGCGCCGUGAGGCGCCUGGGCGCCGCCCUGGGCUCGCUGCGGCGGGACAUGCAGCGCCUGGCGGAGCAGCAGCAGCGGCUGCUCGGGCCCUCGGCGCCCGCGGCCGCGUCCCCGCCGACGGCGUGGGUGAUCCCCGUGCCGCCGUGCUCCCCCUCCGGCGCCGUCCUCCCCGCCGGCAAGGCCCCGUCCUCCUCGUCGUCGCCCAGCCCGGCCCGAUGGGCUCCGUCGGCCGCCGGGGGAGGAGGAGGAGGAGGGGAGGGGGAGGAGCGGCGGGAGGAGGGGGAGGAGCACGGAGAGCUCCCGCCCCCACCCGCCGGCCCCCGCAGCCCCCGCCCCGCCGAGCUGCGGCUGCCCCCGCCGCUGACCCGCGUGCUGGCCGCCCCCCGCGACGUGGACCGCCUCCCCCACCUCCGGAGGUUCGACCCCAGCCAGGUGCCCGUGCAGACGCGGUCCUCCAUCCUGCUGGCCGGGGGGGACGGCGACGGGGAGGACGGCGACGCCGGGGUGCUCCCCCACCGCGAGGCGGCCCCCAAAGAGCUCCCCGCGACAGCGCCGGCGGCGGCGGGCCGGGAGGACGGAGAGGAGGGAGAGGAGGAGGACGGGGAUUCCAGUCCUCUCGGGGCGGAGGACUCCCUGGAGGAGGAGGCCAAGGCGGACGAGGCGCGGCCGCGGGAGGAGGAGGAGGAGGAGGAGGAGGCGGAGCUGCAGCGCCAGCGGGGGCGGCGCCAGUGGCAGGAGGCGGAGCCAGAGCCACGGGGCGGGGCCGACAGGCUCUCCGCCCCCGAGUCCUUCCAUGAUCUCCCUCCUCCCUGUCCCCUAGGCUGGCCACCCCCGGGUCCUCCCAUGAUCUCCCUCCUCCCUGCUGGCCCCGCCCCCGGCCCCCCGGCCCGGCCCCCCGGAAGCGGAAGCGGGGGCGGAAGCGGGGGCGGCUUCACGCGCCAGGAGUACGAGCGGCGCGCGCAGCUGCGGCUCAUGGCGGAGCUGGACAAGGUGCUGCGGCCGCGGGCGGGGCGGGGCGCCAGGAGGGCGAGGCCCAGGGCCGCCUGCUGCGACGACUCGGCGCUGGCCCGGCCCGCGCGGGGGCUGCUGGGCCCGCGCCUCAGCAAGGUGUACUCGCAGUCCACGCUGUCCCUGUCCACCGUGGCCCAGGACGCCCCCGGGACGCCGGGCGUGAGGAGGGCGGCGUCCCCCUCCAGGCCCCCGGGUCUCCCGGGCGCGGGCCCCGCGCGCGAGGAGGAGGAGGGGGAGGAGGAGGCCCCGCCCCCGCCGGCCCCCGCGGGCCCCGAGCUCCGCCUCUACCGGGAGCCCAGCGCCCGCUCCAACCGCUUCCUGGUGCAGAACGCGCUGGCCCACUGCUGCCUGGCCGGGCGCGCCAACGAGCCGCAGCGCGCGCGCGUGCUGGAGGAGCUCGAGCGAAGCCCCGCCCACCACUUCCUCAUCCUCUUCCGGGACGCGGCGCUGCAGUUCCGGGCCCUGUACGCGGCGGCGUCGCCGGGGGCGGGGCCGCAGGGGGCGGGGCCUCCGGGGGCGGAGCUGACGCGGCUGGCGGGGGCGGGGCCGCGCGCGGUGACGCCCGCCAUGCUGGAGGCGGUGUACAAGUACAGCUCGGCGCUCAAGCGCUUCACGCGGCUGCCGGCGCGCGGCCUGUCGCUGGGCGUGGACGCCUUCACCAUCCACGGCCACCUCUGGGCGCAGGCGCGGCGCCCGGCCACGCCCCGCAGGGGCGGAGCCGCCCCGGCCACGCCCAAGUAGGCGGAGCGCGCGCGGGAGGCAAUAAAAGCCCGAGCGGGGGCCGAACGCGCUCGGCUGGGACUCCUGUGGGCCCCGGGACACGCCCACCGCGGGCAGGACACGCCCUCCGACGGGCGCGGCCAAUGGCGGCGCGGCUGGGCCUGAGCCACGCCCUCCCGCCGCCAUUUUGCUCCGCGGCGACCAAUACAGCGCCUUCUAGCGGCCAUUUUGGUUGUGGCCACGCCCACACCCGACAGCGACCAAUGGGGGCGCAAAAGGCUCAAGCUACAACCCCCGACGGCCAUUUUAGACCCGCCCACCGACGGGGCGGCCAAUAAAGGAGCGACAGGACCAAACCACGCCCACUCGUGGCCAUUUCGGUUUCCCAGGGCCCAAUGAACAGCUAGGCAGUGCCAAGCCACGCCCUCCUGCGGCCAUUUUGGUUGUGGCCACUCCCAUUACCGGCCUCGGCCAAUGGCGGCAUUACAGGUCCGAGCCACGCCUACUCGCCGCCGUUUUGCUCUUGGCGGCGACCAAUAGGACGGCAAGGCAGGCCCCAGCCACUCCCUCCCGCGGCCAUUUUGCUUUGGGAAACGCCCAGCGCUGCUCUCAACCAAUCCACUUCACAGAUGCAAGCCACGCCCUCCUACGGCCAUUUUGAUUUGGCUCACGCCCACAGCGGAUCUCAGCAAUCCCAAACCACGCCCACUUACGGCCAUUUUGAGCCUCGCCUUCCAAUUCUCCCACAGUAAAAUGAAACAUGCUCUGUCUA